CUAAUUCUAAGGAUCAUGGACAUUGUUUUUCAACCACAGAUUUUUUUUUCCUCCUUCUUAAAUCAUUAGCUCUUGUCCUUGAUUUUACUAUCUGCUUACUUCCUGCCCACUUAACCAACUGACAGGGAGGAGAGUGGGAAGAAGUUACUGUUUUUAUGUUAAGUGCCUUUUCAGAGUCUAAUUUACAGCCAAGAACAGCAAAAGUAUCCCUUGGCUUUGUGCCUCUGCGGCGCUCAGGGGAUCUCCUUCCCCGUCCCUCUCCCUUUCCGAGAAUCCGCGUUGCGUUGUUGAACUACGUUUCCCAGCGUGCCGCGCGGCCGAGAGCGUGGACUCCAUCAGUCCUUCCUCUUUGCCUAUCAGCUCGUCGUAGCAUGAUGAUGCAAAUGCGUCGGGCGCCUGUGGGUGACGACAUUCUGGCUCGCGACCGCGGCAGCCGCCUUAGCCGCGGUAAUAGGCGCAACGGCGGCGGAGGCUGCAGGGACGACGACGACGGCGGGGCGGGCGCUGUGCGCACAGGGGAGGGGUAGGCGGGCGGCGCCAGCGGCUUCAACUGCGGCAGCUACGGCUAGGGCGACGGAAGAAUCCCCACCAGUCGGCGGUCGAGUUAGGCCUCAGCACCGCCGGGAGCUGUUCGUGCUGUCCUCUGCGGGAGAUCUCCAUAGAGACCGUGACAUACACAGAGGCGGGGGUCCGCAGAGGCGGCGGGACCGGAGCCUCCUCGGCCUCUGCGGCCGCCACCCCCUUCUCCGCUGCCAGCACUCACCCUCUCUCCGCUCCUGCUCGCAACCUCGCGGUUCCUGGGGUGCUUGUGCCCACUGUGUGGACAGCUCGGGCGGACUUUUGGGCCGGGGCCGGGCGGCGGGGGGGGCGCUCUAAGGCCUCCGCCUCUGCCUCUCCCGCCCCCUUACCCGCCCCGGAGCGGGAAGCGGCGGAGGCUCCGCCAUGGCCUCGGGAGCCGGAGGAGUCGGAGGGGGCGGUGGCGGCAAGAUCCGGACGCGGCGUUGCCACCAGGGGCCGAUUAAGCCUUACCAGCAGGGGCGACAACAGCAUCAGGGCAUUCUUAGCAGGGUUACAGAGUCUGUUAAGAAUAUUGUGCCAGGGUGGCUACAAAGAUACUUCAACAAGAAUGAAGAUGUAUGCAGCUGUUCAACAGACACAAGUGAGGUUCCACGCUGGCCGGAAAAUAAAGAGGACCAUCUGAUAUAUGCCGAUGAGGAGAGCUCUAAUAUUACUGAUGGGAGAAUCACACCUGAGCCAGCAGUCAGUAAUACAGAAGAACCUUCAACAACUAGUACUGCUUCAAAUUAUCCAGAUGUGUUAACAAGGCCUUCUCUUCAUCGGAGCCAUCUGAGUUUCUCCAUGUUGGAAUCCCCUGCAUUACACUGUCAGCCAUCUACAUCCUCGGCAUUCCCAAUUGGCAGUUCGGGAUUUUCCCUUGUAAAGGAAAUUAAAGAUUCUACCUCUCAGCAUGAUGAUGAUAACAUCUCAACUACCAGUGGUUUUUCUUCAAGAGCUUCUGAUAAAGAUAUAACUGUUUCAAAGAACACUUCAUUGCCACCUCUGUGGUCCCCAGAAGCUGAACGUUCUCACUCACUCUCGCAGCACACUGCCACCAGCUCAAAAAAACCAGCAUUCAACUUGUCUGCCUUUGGAACACUUUCCCCUUCACUUGGGAAUUCUUCAGUCCUUAAAACCAGUCAGCUUGGAGACUCUCCUUUUUAUCCUGGAAAAACAACAUAUGGUGGGGCAGCGGCUGCUGUAAGACAGUCUAAACUACGAAAUACACCUUAUCAGGCACCAGUUAGAAGACAAAUGAAAGCUAAGCAACUCAGUGCACAAUCUUAUGGUGUGACCAGCUCAACAGCUCGGCGAAUAUUGCAGUCUUUAGAGAAGAUGUCAAGCCCUUUAGCGGAUGCAAAAAGAAUUCCAUCCAUUGUUUCUUCUCCUCUGAAUUCUCCUCUUGAUAGGAGUGGGAUAGAUAUCACAGAUUUUCAGGCCAAAAGAGAAAAGGUGGAUUCUCAGUAUCCUCCUGUUCAGAGACUUAUGACCCCAAAGCCAGUUUCCAUAGCAACAAAUCGAAGUGUUUAUUUUAAACCAUCACUGACUCCAUCUGGUGAAUUCAGAAAGACUAAUCAAAGAAUAGAUAAAAAGUGCAGUACUGGAUAUGAAAAAAAUAUGACACCCGGACAAAAUAGAGAACAACGAGAAAGUGGCUUUUCAUAUCCAAAUUUCAGUUUGCCUGCAGCCAAUGGUUUAUCUUCUGGAGUAGGUGGUGGAGGUGGCAAGAUGAGACGAGAAAGAACACGCUUUGUUGCUUCUAAACCUCCAGAGGAGGAGGAAAUGGAAGUUCCGGUAUUACCGAAAAUCUCUCUACCAAUCACCAGUUCUUCACUGCCUACCUUUAAUUUUAGUUCCCCUGAGAUCACAGCUUCCUCUCCAUCACCCAUCAAUUCGUCUCAAUCAUUAACAAACAAGGUACAAAUGACCUCUCCAAGCAGCACUGGCAGUCCCAUGUUUAAAUUUUCAUCUCCAAUCGUAAAAUCUACUGAGGCAGAUGUACUACCUCCAUCAUCUAUUGGAUUUACAUUUAGUGUGCCUGUUGCAAAAACAGCAGAACUUUCUGGUUCUAUUGGUACUUUACAACCAAUUAUAAGUAGUUCAGCUCACGAUGUCACUGCAGUGAACAGUACAAGUUGUAAGAAGACACCACCUGAAGAUUGUGAGGGUCCUUUUAGACCUGCAAAAAUCCUGAAAGAAGGAAGUGUUCUAGAUAUUCUAAAAAGCCCUGGUUUCGCAUCACCGAAGAUAGAUUCUGUUGCUGCUCAGCCCACCACAACAAGCCCAGUAGUUUAUACAAGACCAGCAAUAAGUAGCUUUUCUUCUAGUGGAAUUGGGUUUGGGGAAAGUUUAAAAGCUGGGUCAUCAUGGCAGUGUGAUACGUGUCUACUCCAGAACAAAGUUACAGACAGCAAAUGCAUAGCCUGUCAAGCAGCAAAAUUGUCACCCAGAGAUACUGUUAAACAGACUGGAAUUGAAACACCAAAUAAAAGUGGCAAAACAACUCUUUCUGCACCAGGGACAGGUUUUGGAGACAAAUUUAAACCAGUGAUAGGCACUUGGGAUUGUGAUACCUGUUUAGUGCAAAAUAAACCUGAAGUGAUAAAAUGUGUAGCCUGUGAAACACCGAAACCUGGAACUGGUGUGAAGCGAGCUCUUACAUUGACAGUGGUUUCGGAAAGUGCUGAGACUAUGACUGCUUCAUCUUCCAGCUGCACUGUGACCACUGGUACCUUAGGAUUUGGAGAUAAAUUCAAAAGGCCUGUUGGAUCUUGGGAGUGUUCAGUAUGCUGUGUUUCUAAUAACGCAGAAGACAAUAAGUGUGUGUCCUGUAUGUCUGAGAAACCAGGAAGUUCGGUACCUACUUCAAGUAGCAGCACUGUACCCAUCUCUCUGCCUUCUGGAGGCUCUCUAGGAUUGGAAAAGUUCAAGAAACCUGAGGGGAGCUGGGACUGUGAAGUGUGCCUAGUGCAGAAUAAGGCUGACUCUACCAAAUGUUUGGCAUGUGAAAGUGCAAAGCCAGGCACAAAAUCUGGGUUUAAAGGCUUUGACACAUCUUCCUCACCUUCGAACUCAGCAGCCUCCUCCUUCAAAUUUGGUGUCCCAUCACCCUCUUCUGGGCCUUCUCAGGCUUUAACAAGCACUGGAAAUUUCAAAUUUGGAGAUCAGGGAGGAUUCAAAAUAGGUGUGUCAUCUGAUUCUGGGUCUAUAAACCCGAUGAGUGAAGGCUUUAAAUUUUCUAAACCAAUAGGAGAUUUUAAAUUUGGAGUAUCAUCUGAAUCUAAGCCCGAAGAAGUUAAAAAAGAUAGUAAGAAUGAUAAUUUUAAGUUUGGACUUUCUUCUGGUUUAAGCAACCCAGUUUCUUUAACUCCAUUUCAAUUUGGGGUGUCUAAUCUUGGACAGGAAGAAAAGAAAGAGGAACUGCCCAAAUGUUCAUCUGCAGGUUUUAGCUUUGGUACAGGUGUUAUUAACUCCACCCCUGCUCCUGCUAACACCACAGUGACCUCUGAGAACAAGAGCAGCUUCAACUUUGGGACCAUAGAAACCAAGAGUGCUUCAGUGGCUCCUUUCACAUGUAAGACAUCAGAAGCUAAAAAAGAAGAAAUGCCUGCCACCAAAGGAGGAUUCUCUUUUGGCAACGUGGAGCCUGCCUCUCUGCCAUCUGCCUCAGUGUUUGUUUUGGGAAGGACAGAAGAGAAACAGCAAGAGCCUGUCACUUCUACUUCCCUAGUUUUUGGGAAGAAAGCUGACAAUGAAGAGCCAAAGUGUCAACCAGUGUUUUCCUUUGGGAAUUCAGAGCAAACCAAAGAUGAGAAUUCUUCCAAGUCCACAUUUAGUUUUAGUAUGACAAAACCAUCUGAGAAGGAAUCUGAACAGCCAGCAAAAGCCACUUUUGCCUUUGGAGCUCAAACUAGUACUACAGCUGAUCAAGGUGCAGCAAAGCCAGUUUUUAGUUUCUUGAACAACAAUUCCUCUAGUUCAAGUACACCAGCCACUUCUGCUGCUGGUGGCAUAUUUGGUAGUUCCACCUCUUCUUCCAAUCCACCCGUGGCUACCUUUGUGUUUGGACAGUCCAGCAAUCCUGUGAGCAUCUCUGCCUUUGUUAACACUGCUGAAUCCAGCACCUCUCAGUCUUUGCUAUUUUCUCAAGAUAGCAAACUAGCAACCACAUCCAGCACAGGUACAGCUGUCACCCCAUUUGUCUUUGGUCCAGGAGCCAGCAGUAAUAAUACUGCCACCUCUGGUUUCGGCUUUGGAGCCACAACCACGUCUAGCUCUGCAGGAUCCUCCUUCGUAUUUGGAACUGCACCUUCAGCACCAUCUGCCAGUCCAGCAUUUGGUGCUAACCAGACCCCAACAUUUGGACAAAGUCAAGGUGCCAGCCAGCCCAAUCCCCCAGGCUUUGGAUCUAUAUCAUCUUCCACAGCAUUAUUUUCCAGUGGUUCUCAGCCUGCACCACCUACUUUUGGGACAGUGUCAAGCAGUAGUCAGCCCCCUGUGUUUGGACAGCAACCUAGUCAGUCUGCGUUUGGCUCUGGAACAACUCCUAAUUCCAGUUCGGUUUUCCAGUUUGGCAGCAGCACUACAAAUUUCAACUUCACAAACAACAAUCCAUCAGGAGUGUUCACAUUUGGUGCAAAUUCUAGCACACCUGCAGCCUCAGCCCAGCCUUCAGGCUCGGGGGGCUUUCCAUUUAACCAGUCGCCAGCAGCAUUUACAGUGGGGUCAAAUGGGAAAAAUGUGUUCUCUUCUGGAACUUCAGUCUCUGGUCGGAAGAUAAAGACUGCUGUUAGACGCAGGAAAUAAAGGUCACAUUGGUGUUACACGCAAUUUUAACAACAGCUGGUGCCCUGCUUUCAGAUACUGGAUUGUACUUUGUGCUGGGGUUAUCUGAAGUCAGAUCUGCCUAAGGACUUCUUUAAUUUUGGAAUUUUCCUCCUUUCUUUUUCGUUACAGAAGCCCCAACCUGCCUCACCCACCCUUUUUAAAAAAUAUAAUAGCUAGACUGGUGACUGAUUCUUCAGCAAAAAUAUUUUAUGAUCCAGCAGAUUAUUCACUGAUUUGACAUAGUCUGGCUGUACCCAGGAAUGGAGCCUGCACGGCGAAUGGCUUUGUAUAGAACCUCUUUGUCUACACCAUUAUGUGUGCUGAUAAGCGUUUACAGAACGCGUUGAAAUUGUAAUUAUAUCUGAGGAAUUCUGUAUAGAUUAGAAUUCUGUAUAGAUUAGAGAAUGUUGAAACGGAUGAUUUCUCUGCUGAGUUUGUGCUGGUGUAUGUGUGAAGUGAGUGAGUUGGGUGUAUUGUGCACUAAACUUUUCUGAUAGAGGAAGCCUGAUUAAAGAAUGGUCCGUGCUAAGGACUUGUUAGAUCUAGUUCAUUCUCCAUUUAAUAAUUAUAUGCUAUUUCUAUAUUUUCAUUCUUCUAUCACCUGUCUUGCCUUUUUCAUUAUUUUAUUAUGAAACUUGUGUAAAUACAAUUUUGUUUCUGUACUUUUUUGGCAUAACAUAAAUCUGUGAACUUGAAAUUUGAAUUUUGUGUUAGAGAUUUUUUUGUUGUUUGUUUAGUCUUGUCUCAGAUUUUAUUAUGUAAAUCCCAUUAUUCAAAGUUGCCUAAAUCCAUUUGGAAAUCUUUAAAAAAAAUUGGGGAUUCUUAAAGUUGAAUUUAUUGGCUUUUCUGAUCCAGUUUUGUUUGGACCAAAAACCAGUAUUGUACAAAGUAUUAAGCAUAUAUUUUUAUAUUUACUAAAAUGGACUGUGGUGACUUUGGAUAAUAAGGAAAAGUUUAAUAUUAAAGCCAUGUUUAUUACAGUAUAAUUAACAUGAUAAACCAUGGGAUAAAUGCCAUCAAUAAAAAAUUAUGACAUA